AUGCAGGAGAAGUGGUAUGCUGGUCUGGCUGGAUGCUUUCGAGUUGAUGGCGAUCCUGGCAAACGUGCCACAUUUUAUGUCGCAGCGUUCACGGAGAAGGCAUGUGAAUUCAAGGUGGACGUCUCCUCGAUUGGGUGGGUCUUCAAGUCCAAAAGCAAGGCGCACUCGCCUCUCAGGAUCGUAAUUACACCAAAUCCCGAGAACGACGGCUGGCGGCAAAUACACGACACUGCGAAUGUCCCAUGUCCGCCCAACUUAGAGUUCAGCAACUCCUGGGACGAUCGAGUUUUCAAAACAUACAAAUGGGGAAGGGCGCUCAAGCUGCUGCCUGCUAUCAUUCACCCCUGUGAGGAUGAGAGCCGGCCGGAGCUGCUGUACCGCGCGGUACAUGAUGAACACCCCGGGUCUGGUCUAGAAUCGCGCGGCUCACUCCACGGUAAAAAGACGGAUCCGCUCAAUUUCAUGUUGCAAUUCGACCAUCACCUGAACUGGAAGUGUCGUGAUGCCAGCCCAUUCAUGUCCACGACCACUAAACUGUGCAAAGCAGCUACUAUUGCCUCCCGAUACCAGCGCAAAGGCUUCAAGAACAUCGAGAUUCUUGUCAUUCAGGGUGGCGAGCGUUACUGGCCCAGCAAGUCGAGAAUGUGGCAUGUCAAGGAGACCGCGGAGGCUUUAGGUCUAGUUGACGUACUCAGCCACCCAUGGUUUGACGACCAUGAGUACCUGAUCGAGGACUACAUUCCGGAGGCAUAUGUGACCCGUUUGAGAUGGGAGGACAUGAAAGCCGACAUCGAUGCUGAGACACGCCUGAUAGACCACUUCAAGAAGCGAAAACUUGGUGUCUCGAAGUCUAGUGGUUCCGAAGAUGAGACACUUGUCGGCGACGGGCUCACCGUGACGCGCCCCCAGAUCCUUUGGGGCUUGAUAGAGAAGCGCUCACAUUUCAGCUCGCGGAACAAACCCAAGUACUACUACGAGGACAGAGAGGACGAUGAGUGGUUCAAUGUACUCUGCCCGCAAACCGACUCAGGCAAUCCGUCGGCAUGA